ACUCGACCGGGGAAACUGGGUGUCCUUCUUGGGCCGCCAAGUGGACACAAACGUGUCAGUCAUUAAAGCCUCCAGAUCUUUUUUCUCGCCUCCAAUCAGACAUUGCUCCUCUUGCUCUCUUGCGCAUUUCAUCGAACACUUGGUUAGCGUUUACGCUGAUCGCUCUUACACCCCAAUGCAGUCUCUGAAGCUUCAUUCAAUGGCUUCGUGAAAUCUAUCAAGGCUCUCGUUUUUCAAAAUCUCUCCUCAUGAGGAAUGUCGUCGCGGGUCUGAAACGCCAUCGUUUUUCAGUUCCCGCAGGAGCUUCACUCAAUGAUAGUUCAGUUGAGAUCAUUUUGUGGAGAUGCUUAUCAAUAGGGGGCCAGAAAACUAUAGAAAUUGGAAGAAGGCAUGAUAACAUUAUUCCGUUACACUUGUUACAUCGAAAUCACUUCUCUACUGGCUUCACCAGUGUGCAUGGUGGAAGGCCAUCUGCUGAAUAUGCAAAGUUGAGAAAGGAGUCACUAGAAAGUGAAUUUGGGCAUGCACUUGGAACUUACAGCUCCAAAAGUGUUUCAAUGUUCCACCGCUUUGGUCCAUUUUUGGCUUUGUAUAGAGCUGCAAUUAUUUCAUUCCAUGUGUUGAAGCUAACGGUUUGGCAAUUUUUUGUUCAUGACAUAAAAAAACGGUCAGUUAAGUUUCGUGAGACAUUAAUCAGCUUGGGACCUUUUUACAUCAAGCUCGGACAAGCUCUGAGCACCAGACCAGAUAUACUUCCUACUGUAUAUUGUCAAGAACUUGCGAAGUUGCAGGAUCAAAUACCCCCAUUUCCAACUCAUGUUGCCAUUAAAUCUAUAGAAUCCCAAUUGGGUGUUCCUGUUUCACAAAUAUUUGCAGACAUCAGCCCAGAGCCAAUUGCUGCAGCAUCCUUAGGACAGGUGUAUAAAGCUCACUUGCAUUCUGGAGAGCUAGUGGCUGUUAAAGUACAAAGGCCUCGUAUGUCAAUAUCAUUGACCCUUGAUGCUUUGUUAUUUCAUAUGAUUGGAGGCCAAUUAAAGCGAUUUGCCAAAGCUCGGAAGGACCUAUUAGUAGCAGUAAAUGAGAUGGUGAGACACAUGUUUGAAGAAAUUGAUUACGUUCUAGAGGGACAAAAUGCAGAGCGAUUUGCUUCUCUCUACAGUUGCAACUCCCAUAAUCAUCAAAAGAAUUCGGAAGGUACAGUUGACAAUACUACUGAAUACAGGGAUGCAAAUUGUGUUAAAGUCCCAAAGAUAUACUGGAAUUUUACUCGUAAAGCUGUCCUCACGAUGGAAUGGAUUGAUGGAAUUAAGCUUACAGAUGAAAUCGGCCUGAAGAAGGCCUUCUUAGACCGCAAGAAACUUAUUGACCAGGGAUUGUACUGCUCUUUGAGGCAGCUGCUGGAGGUGGGAUUUUUCCAUGCUGAUCCUCAUCCAGGAAACCUUGUUGCUACUAAGGAUGCAUCUCUUGCUUAUUUUGAUUUUGGAAUGAUGGGUGAUAUUCCACGCCAUUAUCGUGUUGGACUUAUUCGCAUGCUUGUGCACUUUGUUAAUCGUGACUCUCUGGGUUUGGCAAAUGAUUUUCUUUCUCUGGGAUUUAUUCCUGAAGGGGUUGAUACACAAGCAGUUUCAGAUGCCUUGCAAGCAUCCUUUGGCGAUGGGACAAGACAAUCCCGAGAUUUUCAGGCCAUAAUGAACCAACUAUAUGAUGUGAUGUAUGAAUUUAAUUUCUCUCUCCCCCCAGACUAUGCCCUGGUGAUAAGAGCACUGGGAUCGCUUGAAGGGACUGCAAAAGCUUUGGAUCCUGAUUUCAAAGUUGUUGAGAGUGCAUAUCCUUUUGUCAUUGGGAGACUUUUGGCAGACCCAAAUCCUGAUAUGAGGAAAAUACUGGGGGAACUUCUUAUCUGCAAUGAUGGCUCCAUAAGGUGGAAUCGGUUAGAACGGCUGAUAGCAGCAAUAUCUCAACAGGCUUCGGAGCCAACUGGUGAAGAAAAAUCAUCAAAUCCAUUGGAAUGGAAAUCCUUUGAUAUGCGUGCUGUUGUGUCUGCCACCGAAGAUCUUUUUAAAUUCAUAUUGUCUGAUAAGGGUUUGAGGGUACGUGUUUUCCUGGUCCGGGACAUAAUUAAAGCAGCUGAUAUUUUUCUUCAGGAUGAAGUAGUUGCAAGCAUUUUUGAUGAGACGGUUCAAGCUAGAGAGACAUCUGAAUCUGAGGGACAUGCAAUGCUGAUGAGAGUGGUUAAUGGGCUUAAAUCUUUCCGGCAUGCAGUGAAGUUGGCCCCGGAGGUGUGGACUGCUAUGCUAAUCCGCAUGACAUUGAAACCCGAGGUUCACAAAUUUACAUUUGACAUCAUUUCAGCCUUAUUGAUACAUUUUAGCCGAAAAAUUCCAGAGACCUUUUGGAUUUGUAUAGCUAGAAUUCUUCACAAGUUGGUGAAAAAUAAAAGCCAUGUCAAUUUAUGAUUUAGUUGGAUUCUUCAUUUGCU